UUGCCAGCACCUCUCACAAGUUGCCAGCACCUCUCACAAGUUGCCAGCACCUCUCACAAGCUGCCAGCACCUCUCACAAGCUGCCAGCACCUCUCACAAGCUGCCAGCACCUCUCACAAGCUGCCAGCACCUCUCACAAGUUGCCAGCACCUCUCACAAGUUGCCAGCACCUCUCACAAGUUGCCAGCACCUCUCACAAGUUGCCAGCACCUCUCACAAGUUGCCAGCACCUCUCACAAGUUGCCAGCACCUCUCACAAGCUCCCAGCACCUCUCACAAGUUGCCAGCACCUCUCACAAGCUCCCAGCACCUCUCACAAGUUGCCAGCACCUCUCACAAGCUGCCAGCACCUCUCACAAGUUGCCAGCACCUCUCACAAGUUGCCAGCACCUCUCACAAGCUCCCAGCACCUCUCACAAGUUGCCAGCACCUCUCACAAGUUGCCAGCACCUCUCACAAGUUGCCAGCACCUCUCACAAGCUCCCAGCACCUCUCACAAGCUUCCAGCACCUCUCACAAGUUGCCAGCACCUCUCACAGCUGCCAGCACCUCUCACAAGUUGCCAGCACCUCUCACAAGUUGCCAGCACCUCUCACAAGCUCCCAGCACCUCUCACAAGUUGCCAUCACCUCUCACAAGCUGCCAGCACCUCUCACAAGUUGCCAGCACCUCUCACAAGUUGCCAGCACCUCUCACAAGUUGCCAGCACCUCUCACAAGCUCCCAGCAGCUCUCACAAGUUGCCAGCACCUCUCACAAGCUGCCAGCACCUCUCACAAGUUGCCAGCACCUCUCACAAGCUCCCAGCACCUCUCACAAGCUGCCAGCACCUCUCACAAGCUGCCAGCACCUCUCACAAGUUGCCAGCACCUCUCACAAGUUGCCAGCACCUCUCACAAGUUGCCAGCACCUCUCACAAGUUGCCAGCACCUCUCACAAGUUGCCAGCACCUCUCACAAGCUGCCAGCACCUCUCACAAGGUGCCAGCACCUCUCACAAGUUGCCAGCACCUCUCACAAGCUCCCAGCACCUCUCACAAGUUGCCAGCACUUCUCACAAGCUGCCAGCACCUCUCACAAGUUGCCAGCACCUCUCACAAGUUGCCAGCACCUCUCACAAGUUGCCAGCACCUCUCACAAGUUGCCAGCACCUCUCACAAGUUGCCAGCACCUCUCACAAGUUGCCAGCACCUCUCACAAGUUGCCAGCACCUCUCACAAGCUGCCAGCACCUCUCACAAGUUGCCAGCACCUCUCACAAGUUGCCAGCACCUCUCACAAGUUGCCAGCACCUCUCACAAGCUGCCAGCACCUCUCACAAGCACCUUGCCAGCACCUCUCACAAGCUGCCAGCACCUCUCACAAGCUGCCAGCACCUCUCACAAGUUGCCAGCACCUCUCACAAGUUGCCAGCACCUCUCACAAGUUGCCAGCACCUCUCACAAGUUGCCAGCACCUCUCACAAGUUGCCAGCACCUCUCACAAGCUGCCAGCACCUCUCACAAGCUGCCAGCACCUCUCACAAGUUGCCAGCACCUCUCACAAGCUGCCAGCACCUCUCACAAGUUGCCAGCACCUCUCACAAGCUGCCAGCACCUCUCACAAGCUGCCAGCACCUCUCACAAGCUGCCAGCACCUCUCACAAGUUGCCAGCACCUCUCACAAGCUGCCAGCACCUCUCACAAGCUGCCAGCACCUCUCACAAGCUGCCAGCACCUCUCACAAGUUGCCAGCACCUCUCUCACAAGUUGCCAGCACCUCUCACAAGUUGCCAGCACCUCUCACAAGUUGCCAGCACCUCUCACAAGUUGCCAGCACCUCUCACAAGUUGCCAGCACCUCUCACAAGUUGCCAGCACCUCUCACAAGUUGCCAGCACCUCUCACAAGUUGCUCACACAGCACCUCUCACAAGCUGCCAGCACCUCUCACAAGCUGCCAGCACCUCUCACAAGCUGCCACAAACUCUCACAAGGAACCACAAACUCUCACAACUCUGCCAGCACCUCUCACAAGUUGCCAGCACCUCUCACAAGGAACCACAAACUCUCACAAGGAACCACAAACUCUCCCAAGGAACCACAAACUCACCUUGA